GCUGCCGAAAGUGACGCGCGGUUUGGCGCUCGCGGGAAACUCGUCUAGCUGACGAGCGCACCGGUGGGACUCCAGCUGCCAUGAGCCUCUGGGUGGACAAAUACCGGCCGUGCUCCCUCGCCCGGCUGGACUAUCACAAGGAGCAGGCGGCGCAGCUGAGCAACCUGGUGCAGUGUGGUGACUUUCCUCACCUCCUAGUAUAUGGGCCAUCAGGUGCUGGAAAAAAGACAAGAAUUAUGUGUAUCCUACGAGAACUUUAUGGUGUUGGGGUAGAAAAAUUGAGAAUUGAACAUCAGUCUAUCACAACUCCAUCUAAAAAAAAAAUUGAAAUCAGCACCAUUGCCAGUAACUACCACCUUGAAGUUAAUCCCAGUGAUGCAGGAAACAGCGAUCGGGUCGUAAUUCAGGAGAUGCUGAAGACAGUGGCUCAGUCACAGCAGCUUGAAACCAGCUCACAAAGAGACUUCAAAGUGGUAUUAUUGACAGAGGUGGACAAACUCACAAAGGAUGCUCAGCAUGCCUUGCGCAGAACCAUGGAGAAGUACAUGUCCACCUGCAGGCUGAUCUUGUGUUGCAAUUCCACAUCUAAGGUGAUCCCUCCAAUCCACAGUAGGUGCCUGGCAGUUCGUGUGCCUGCUCCCAGCAUUGAUGACGUAAGUCAUGUUAAGCUUUCCAGAAAUAUCUUAGCUCAAAUUUUGUUUUCUAAAACAUGGUGAAGCAUAUCAGACAGACCGAAAGGUCAACCAUUAGUAGGUGUACAGAGUGAUGUGUUUACUGGUAAAUACAAAUAUAAAACAUGUUCUCUUGUAUCUAUCUUUUAACAAAUGAGUGUUAUGAAUUCAGUGCAUAAGGACUGAUGAAGUAUUUAAUGUCUUCUACCUUAAGCUGAUUUACUUUGUCAUAGGGGACGUAGAGAAUGUGAAAAUCCCUGGUUCC